UCGUGCUACUAGUCAGCAGAGUAGGUGUUCAAUAAUUUCGAAGUAUCGCCAGUUACUAGUUCAAUUAUCGAUUUCUUCGAUUUGCCUCCAAGUGAGAUUUCUUGACGAGGACUUCUACAUUUAACCUUUCACCUUGAGCAUUAGAAAAAUUCAAGAUAAAAAAUGAGUAGGCUCGGACCUUUGGGUGAAAAUUCCUUAUCGAUAAUGGGCAGAAGCUCAUCCUCAUCAUACAAACUUCUCAAGCCGAAUUUUCCUGGGGGAGAACGAAUGAACAAAAUAAGCGUGGAGAGCACUCUCUCGCAUAAUAAUAGAAGAUCUGAAAUGAAUGAUGAUAAUUUCCUCUGGGACGUCGUCAAACCACAUCUAACUGCCACACACGAUGAUGGAAGAAAUGAGUACGAACUUGGUGCUUAUGGGUAUGGGAAAAACAACGUGAAAAUUCUGCACGUUCGACGUGAGGAUAAAUUUCGUCAUGAUGUUCGUGAAUAUGAAGUUGAUACGCAUCUCCGUCUCGGCACUCAAAAGGAUUAUUUUGAAGGAAAUAAUCGAGAUAUAAUUGCGACGGACAGUCAAAAAAAUACGGUUUAUUUAUUGGCGAAAAAAUAUGGUGUCAAAUCACCGGAAGAAUUUGGUAUUCUUCUGUGCGCUCAUUUCCUUUAUACAUAUAGUCAUGUCGAGGAAGUUCAUGUUAAUGUGGCUGAAUAUCCGUGGGCGAGGCAUCAGGUUGACGGUGUACCUCACAACCACGCCUUUAUUUUUUCACCGACCGCAUUGAGAUACUGUCAAGUUGGACAAAUCAGAAAUGAAUCGCCGAAAAUCCGUGGAGGCUUGAAAAACCUUCGUGUCUUAAAAACAACGCAGAGUUCAUUCACGGAUUUCAUUCAAGACGAAUAUCGAACACUGCCAGACGCGAAUGAUCGAAUCUUCAGCACAGUUGUCACGGCUUCAUGGGAUUUUUCGACAGCAUCAGGAGUCGACUUUGACAAAGUAUGGCACAUGGUAAAAGAUUGCAUACUACGGAAUUUUGCUGGUCCACCAUCGACGGGAGUGUACUCACCAAGUGUGCAAAAUACUCUUUACCUGGCCGAAAAAUCGGUUCUCGAUAAAGUUCAACAAAUUACUAGUAUCGAAAUGAGGAUGCCAAACAAACAUUAUUACGAUCUCGAUUUGAGUAAAUUUCCGAAACUCGUUGAAGGCGAGAACAAAGAAGUCUAUCUACCUGUCGACAAGCCAUCAGGAAUAAUUUACGCGCAGUUACAUCGUAAGGACGUGUCGUCGAAACUCUGAGAACUAACCAAAAAUAAUGUAAGCCACUCCAACUGAUACUCGGAGAAAUACGAAAUUCGACGAUUUUAAAUGUGAAAAGAACGUGUCAUUAAUUACAUGUUAUGAACAUGAGGAA